CUAUUCUCAUUCAACUAUUUUGGCGGGUUCCCUCACAUUGCGUGUUCCUUCACAUUGCGUGUGUCUCGUGGAACACAAUUACCAAAAUUAUUUAUCUAGAAUGGUGAAUUUGGUUUUAAAUAAUGUUCCCAUUGAAUUUCCAUUCCAGCCUUAUGAUGUACAAGAGAAAUUCAUGGAGCGUGUGAUAGAAUGUCUUCAAAAAGGUGUAAAUGGUUUGUUGGAAUCUCCUACUGGCACAGGAAAAACUUUGUGCUUACUUUGUUCGACAUUGGGUUGGUUAGCAACACGAAAAGCACAAAUACAGUCUGGUCAAUUAGCUGGAGAUAUGGGAGUGGAUAUUAAAAAUCAAUUAAGUAAUGCAACUGGGCUUGGAUGGGGAGAUGCUGCUACUCCUGGAGCUGGAGUACCCAAAAUCAUUUAUGCAUCCAGAACUCAUUCUCAGCUCAGCCAGGUCAUUUCUGAAUUAAAACGGUCCUCUUACAGAUAUAUGAAGGUAUGCAUCCUUGGAUCUCGUGACCAACUGUGCAUUCAUCCAGAAGUGUCAAAGGAAACAAACAAUGCUGUAAAGCUUCACAUGUGCCAUGCUAGAACUACUACUCGUACUUGCUACUUCCACACAAAUCUAGAUGCUAAGAAAGAGGAACCAGACUUCAAAAUGGAUGUAUUGGAUAUUGAAGACUUGGUGACUUUGGGGAAAAAACAUUCUGCUUGCCCUUAUUUUAUGACAAAAGAAAUUCGUAAGGUAGCUGACAUCAUCUUUAUGCCAUACAACUACCUUCUUGAUCCUAAAGUGAGAAAAAUUCACAACAUUGAACUCCAGGGAAAUAUUGUUAUAUUUGAUGAGGCCCACAAUGUUGAGAAAAUGUGUGAAGAAUCUUCAUCUAUUGAACUUAGAAGUUUAGAUAUAGCCCUUUGUGUUGAUGAAGUCACCCAGGUCAUGAAAAAAUUCCGAGAAAACAGUGAUAAUGAUGGAAUAAUGGAUAUUUUAUCUCCUUCAACACCGAAAGAUUUCUCUUUAGAUGACCUCUGUAUUUUGAAAGCCAUGUUUUUGGAGUUAGAGAAAGCAAUCGAUGCGAUACCAAUCACUUCGCCGGAGGGAAAUACUUUACCUGGUGAAUUUAUGCUGGAUAUAUUAGCCAAGGCAGAUCUGAGUCCUGGGAAAAAGGAUGUGAUUGCAGAUCUCCUCGAUCGGGUUAUUCAGUUUUUAACCGUUGCCAGCACAUCUCCAUAUCAGCGUAAAGGCACUGGACUGCAAAAAUUCUCUGAUCUAGUCAAGAUUGUAUUCAGUAAAAGCCAUUUUACUGCCGAUCACAUGGAACGUGUGAAAAGAUCAUAUAAGGUUCAUAUUAAAGUUGAGCAGCCAAAAUCUCGUAGCAAAGGCGAUUCUUGGAGCACUCCCAAAGUGGUUGGUAAAGCAGGUCGAGUUCUGUCGUACUGGUGUUUCAGUCCCGGUUUUGGAAUGCGGGACUUGGUGGAAGAAGGAGCCAGAUGCCUCAUUCUCACAAGUGGAACUCUCUCACCGCUAAACAGUUUCGCUGCUGAAUUGCAAGUCCCCUUUCCCGUUACACUUGAAAAUCCUCAUAUUAUUUCUAGCAGCCAAGUUCUUGUUGGAGUUGUUACUCACGGUCCUGAUGGUACUCAGUUAGACAGCAGCUACAAAAAUCGAUCCAAUUCCCAGUAUGUUCAAUCAUUGGGUCGAACUAUCCGGAGCACCGCACAAGUAGUUCCUGAUGGAUUGUUGGUUUUCUUCCCAUCGUAUCCAGUAAUGAAAGCUUGUCAAGAAGCUUGGCAGCUCUCUGGUCUAUGGGACGCAAUCAAUCAAGUGAAACCCAUUUUCGUUGAACCCAAUUCUAAGGAAGGAUUUCAAGAGGCUAUGACUGGCUUCUAUAAUGCGGUUGCGUCCGAAGAUCGCAAAGGUGCGUGUUUCAUGGCAGUUUGCCGUGGUAAAGUAUCUGAGGGAUUGGAUUUCUGUGACGGCAAUGGCAGGGCUGUGAUUAUUACUGGGCUUCCCUAUCCACCGUCGCGUGAUCCUCGAGUCAUGGAGAAACAAAAGUACCUUGAAGACAACCGUAAAAAUCCUCAAUUUAAGGGAUUGACAGGACAACAAUGGUAUCGACUGGAAGCCACUAGAGCCGUCAAUCAGGCAAUCGGUCGUGUCAUUCGUCAUCAAAAGGAUUACGGAGCUAUUCUCCUAUGUGAUCAACGUUUUUCCGGUAAAGAUAUUAUUCAACAGCUGUCAGCUUGGGUUCGGCCACGUGUAGUGAAUUUCCCCAAAAUUGGUCCGUUAUUGCGCGAUCUCGGGAUUUUCUUCCGUAAUGCUGAAGUCACAUGUCCUGGCUCCUCUAGAGCUAUACGAGCGCCAACUGCAGUCGAUUCACAUCGUGACAAAACGAAGAACUCACGUUCUACCGUGGAUUCGUUCCAUCAUGCUCUUAGCUCGGGUUCAUCUCGAGUAACCUCUCAUCAUCCUGCAAAGGCAAACACUGUUCAAGCUGAAGCCUAUCACUUGGAUCUCUCAAGUUAUUCCUCGACCUUGAAGCCGAAAUUGGCGAAAGAAACUUCCAUUUUUGAUGGAUCGCAAGCAACAAACCAUUUUAUUGAUUUCAAUGAAACAGCUUCGCCCUCUUUGUCGAUUGUUCCCGAUAAGAAACCAGUUUGUCCGCCGGCCAUCAAAAAGAGGAAAAUAACCAUUGUUUCGGAUGCAGAAAAGGCCAAGUACGACCUCCGGCGUAUUAAACUUGAAACAGCUGAACCGACGUCUUCUAUGGCGUCCACGUCCUCCUGCCAGUCUACUGGUGUUGGGACGGAUAACAGGAGGGAAAAAGCAGCACAAUAUUUAAAAUCCGUCAAGACUUUACUGGACCCUACUCGCUACACUACGUUUUCGGACAAGAUUCGGGACUACCGAUCUGAUAAGAACUACGAUUUGCUGAUUCCUACACUCAAGAAACUUUUUCUUGAAGAUCACAAACUCCGUCAUCUGUUCAAAGGAUUUCGUCAGUUCCUAUCGAAGGAGGAUACGCCAAAGUUUGAUGAAGAUUGUAGAAAAAUUGAAAUUUAGUCCAUUUCUUCUUAUUAUUUUUAAUGGUGAAUUAAAAAUUUGUUUUCUAUUUGAUAAACACGAAUUACGAACUUAA